AUCGUCAACAGUUUCAACAUUAAAUUUUUUCAAACACGUUAGCGGGGGCGAGAAAAUUCGCCGACGCUUCCUCGAAACUUCUCAGAUAGCUCUCUUUCUUUGCGAUUUUGUUUUUUUCACUUUCCCGCUCCUCCAUUAUUCUUCUUCUCCUUUUCACUUUUUUGUCGAAUUCGAUUGCCGCAGCCGCAAUAAAGACUAGCGUUUCGGAUCAGGUUUUCGGUUGAGCAGAGAAAGAAAGUUGUUGACUUCGGUUUGGUUGAGAGGUGGAAGAUGCAGACGAGGUACAUGGAGAGAUCGAAUAGUAUGGCGAGGGAGAAGCGGGGUCUGGAUGCCGCCGCAGCUGAAGAAGGCCAGCCUGAUAGGAAACGGCCAGCUCUGGCGAGUGUAAUUGUGGAAGCUCUCAAGGUGGACAGUCUGCAAAAGCUUUGCUCCUCACUGGAGCCAAUUCUACGUAGAGUUGUCAGUGAAGAGGUAGAGCGUGCUUUAGCAAAAUUAGGCCCGGCUAAACUUACUGGAAGCAGGUCGUCUCCUCCUAAACAAAUUGAAGGACCUGACGGAAGAAACUUGCAGCUGCACUUCAAGUCCAAGUUGUCGCUUCCUCUCUUUACUGGUGGAAAAGUAGAAGGAGAGUGGGGUGCCGCAAUCCCUAUUGUGUUGAUUGAUGCAAAUACACACUGUGUUGUCACAUCAGGUCCAGAGUCAAUGGUGAAACUAGAUGUUAUUGUUCUUGAAGGUGAUUUUAACAAUGAGGACGAUGAUAACUGGACUGAAGAAGAAUUUGAGAGCCAUGUGGUGAAAGAGCGUGAAGGAAAGAGGCCACUUCUCACUGGGGAUCUUCAAGUGACACUGAAAGAAGGUGUAGGAACUCUAGGGGAGCUGACAUUUACCGAUAAUUCAAGCUGGAUUAGGAGCAGGAAGUUCAGGCUAGGAUUGAAGGUUGCCUCAGGCUGUUGCGAUGGGAUUCGUAUACGUGAAGCGAAAACAGAUGCCUUCACCGUUAAGGACCACCGUGGGGAAUUAUACAAGAAACACUACCCACCUGUGCUAACUGAUGAGGUUUGGAGGUUGGAGAAAAUUGGAAAAGAUGGGUCAUUUCACAAGAGACUGAAUAAGGCCGGAGUCUUUACUGUUGAAGACUUCCUACGACUUGUGAAUAGAGACUCGCAGAGACUGCGGAAUAUUCUUGGGAGUGGCAUGUCGAAUAAGAUGUGGGACGUCCUUAUACAACAUGCAAAGACCUGUCUUCUAGGUGGUAAACUCUAUGUGUACUAUCCUGAGGAUGCAAGGAGUGUUGGUGUUGUUUUCAACAAUAUCUAUGAGUUGAGUGGGUUAAUCACCAAUGAACAGUAUCUCUCCGCUGACUCUCUCUCAGACAGCCAGAAGGUCUAUGUCGACGGCUUGGUGAAGAAGGCGUAUGAAAACUGGAUGCAUGUUAUGGAGUAUGAUGGAAAGUCUCUUCUAAACUUCAAGCAGCAGAAGGGUCCAGUUACCUCUCAACUUGAGGUUCCCAUGGCUUCGCAGGAGUAUACAAACUCAUUUAACCAGCAGUUCACGCUACCUAGCCUGCCAGUUCCUUCAGAGCAGAAUAUUAUGGAUCCUGGAUUUAUUGCGGGAGGUUAUAAUGAUGGCAUGGCAACCCGAUUUUCAAUACCUCCACAGAACGUAAAUCUCAAUCCUCCCGUUCAGUUUGAUGGCUCUUCAUUCCCUCUACAGAGUCAGUUGCCCAGCACUUCGCACCCACAUGAAAUCCAAAGAAGUGAAAAUAUGCGUGCCCUUGGUCCGCUACAAUCAUCCACAUCAGGAUUCCACAAUGUGGAUACAUCCAAUCUUGCUUCUUAUAGGGGACUUGACUUUUUCCCAGAGGAAGAAAUUCGUAUGAGGAGCCAUGAGAUACUUGAAAAUGAAGAUAUGCAGCAUCUACUUCGUAUGUUUAGCAUGGGUGGUCAUGGUCAAGUUCACGGUCAGGGUGUACAUCCUUCCAUAAAUGCUACCGAAGACUAUUCUUACUCCUCAGCAUAUAUGCCCAGUCCAUCGAUAAACUACAAUUUCGACGAUGAUCGUAGCCGUUCAUCUGGUAAGGCUGUUGUUGGUUGGCUCAAACUUAAGGCAGCCCUUAGAUGGGGUAUAUUCAUUAGAAAGAAGGCUGCUGAGAGACGGGCACAACUGGUUGAGUUGGAUGAAUCAUAAUUUAUGACUUGAAUGAAGAAAGGAGAUUCGCUGAUACAGUUUGGUGUCAUGAGGGAAUCAGUUCCCCAACCUGAAUUUGUAUCAUGUUGCAGUUUCUAACUUCAGCAAGAAUUGAGUGGUUCCGUGGAUAAAUCUAGGAGUAAAACCGUGAGUCUGGGUACAGUUGUUCCCUGGAAUAUAAGUCUGACAUCUUCGGACCUCUGACUGUACAGUUCAUGAACAGUAAUCUGAUCUUCUCAGUUGACACCCGCUGCUUUUGACGGUCGUGCUUUACUUCGAAGCAUGCUAGUUUUCUUGUGACAUAGGCACCAUUUCACCGCAACUUGUGAAAUCAACAGAGUUGAGCUCUUUCAACUGACUAGCAAUGUUUCAACGGAAGCUUUCUUGUAGCUAAAGUUGGCAAAGGUGUUUCUUAUUUACAUUUCAAGGUACGCGUAAGGGUACAAGUGAGUACACUUGUUGGUAGUACAUUGUUCUUUUAUUACUCAUUGUUCUGUGAAUUUUUUCUUCUUUUUUUUUGUUCUUGAAUUGUAUUUUGAACUUGACAUGAUUAAUGUCACUGAAGAAUUUUUAUUAUUAAUUUUAUUUGUAUUGUAAUCUAAUAAAUGUAAUUUGGCCAAUAUCUAGUAAUGUAAGAAAUGAAUUUGUUUUUGUACACAA